AUGAAUAUUUUAUUUGGAAUAAGUGGUAGUAUAGCAGCAAUUAAAACGAAUGAAAUUGUUGAGAAAUUAAAAGAUGAGUGUAAAUUAAAUAAUAUAGUAAUCGAUAUUAGAUUUGUUGCAACGAAUAUUGCUUACGAAAAAUUUUUAAAAGAUUUUAAUGACAAGGUUUAUUUAGAUAAAGAUGAAUGGUUAUGGGAAAAAAGAGGAGAUGAUAUUUUACAUAUAGAAUUAAGAAAAUGGGCUGACAUAUUUAUCUUAUGUCCAUUAGAUGCUAAUACGUUGGCAAGUAUAUCAAACGGCCUCUGUCCAAACCUUUUAACUUGUAUAUGUCGAUGCUGGGAUUUUAAUAAAAUCUGCUUAGUAUUUCCAUGCAUGAAUACUUAUAUGUAUAAUCAUCCAAUAACAAAACAACAACUAGAUAUAAUAUCUUUAUGGGGUAUGAAGGUUGUAAAUCCAAUCGAAAAGAUUUUAGCUUGUGGAGAAUAUGGUAUGGGAGCUUUGCCCCAUGUAGAAAAUGUCGUUUUUGAGAUUAUGAAAUAUAUACAAGAUAUGAAAUAA